CUUGGUUUUGGCGCAAAAGCGGAAUCGCAUGGGGAAGCCAUUCUUUCUGCUAUAAUAGCAGUUGGAAGAGGUAAAAGAGAGAGCCGGCACGCUACCUCUUGAAUGAGGGCAACGCCAUAGCCCAUAUCCCCCCUUAUCUUCUACCUUUUUCCGUAUUAUAUACAAGGCAUUACCUGUAUUCGUUCAUUCUUACGCACAGUUGCGUGUAUAUAUAUAUAUACCUAUAUCUAUAUCUAUAUCUAUAGCUUCAUUCCUAGACGCAGGCGAAAAUGGCGUCGCCCAGGAUCGGUGGGUCGAGCAACAGCAGCUAUGAUCUGUCGUUUAAGAUCUUGUUGAUAGGCGAUUCCGGAGUGGGGAAGAGCAGCCUCCUCGUCAGUUUUAUCUCCAAUGCCGUUGAAGAACUUGGCCCUACCAUUGGUAUUGACUUUAAGUUAAAAACAUUCACUGUAGGUGGGAAAAAACUGAAGCUUACCAUUUGGGACACAGCGGGACAAGAAAGGUUUAGGACGUUGACGAGCUCUUACUAUAGAGGUGCUCAGGGCAUCAUUCUUGUUUACGAUGUGACAAAGAGAGAAACCUUCACAAACCUGUCUGAUGUGUGGGCAAGAGAGGUGGAGCUUUACUCAACAAAUAAGAAUUGUGUAAAAAUUCUUGUUGGGAACAAAGUUGACAUAGAAUCUGAAAGAGCUGUCAGCAAAGAAGAAGGUUUAACUCUUGCAGAAGAGCUGGGAAGUUUAUUUGUUGAAUGCAGCGCUAUAACUCGAGAAAAUGUGGAGCAGUGCUUCGAAGAACUCGCCUUAAAGAUAAUGGAGGUUCCCAGUCUAUUGCAAGAAGGAUCAGGGAUAGGGAAGAGAAACGUGUUAAAGCAGAAUCAAGGACUACACCAGAAACGACCCUUCGGCUGUUGUUCAUCAUCAUAGGAUGGAUAAAUUAGAUUGAGCAAGUUAAAAGGCCGGGGAGUGCAAUGGAUGAUGGGGCUGGCCAUGGCACAACACCGAGUUUAUGAUUUUGUGUUCGUGGUCGGCCUGUUAGUUGCUUGUGCUUCACACUCUCAUUUGUCUCUGGGAAUGCUGCAAUAUAUAUAAUGGCUUCAAUUCUGUUGCGUUAGUUGCUUGCAUGCAGGCUGCAGCCUGGCCUGUGCGUAAAAUAUUGGCCGCUUUGGGGUUUCGUCUUUUUCCUACCACUGGGCAUUUACAUACAUGUUUCCUGUGAUAGAUGUAAACCUUAACCUUGUACUCUUUUACGGAAAAAUUUUAUUAAAUGAAAAUAGUUGAUUGCAAUUCGCU